AAUUCUGAUUGUUCCCCAAUUUCUAGAAUGGAUGAGUCUAUGAACACAAACAUUACUGAACCAGACUUCAGGAAUGGGAGUAGUAGCUGUGAAGAAGACGAUGAAGAAAGAAAGGACUUGAUACCUCCCUCCUUAUCGCCCCCCAAGGACAAAUACAAUAUGAUAUACAUCAUUAUGUUUAUCCUCUCUCUUGGUGUCUUGUUCCCCUAUCAGAGCUAUGUGGCAGGGCUAGACUACUUCACUUAUCUUUAUCCCAGUUAUAAACCUGAGCUAGCACUACCACUGGGCAACAUUAUAGCUGCACUUCUUUCAAUCACAGUUUCCAUUGGAAUCAUCAAUUAUCUAUCAAUUUCAUUCCGACUGAACAUUGGCUACGUUUUUUUCAUAAUCUGUUUAUCAAUAGUCCUAUUAUUGGAUAUCAGUAUAAAUAACUGCAUGAUUAGUACUGAGACUGGUUUCGCAUUAACAUUGCUCUCUGUGUUAUUUUCAGGAUUUGGUGGAGGAAUUCAACAGAGCACUUUAUAUGGUUUAAGUGGAAUGCUCCCAGAGAGAUUCACUCAGUGCCUCAUGUUUGGCGAGGCUGCUGCUGGAUCCAUUGUGGCAAUAAAUAGAAUAAUAACUAAAGCAUCGGCAGGAUCAGAGAGAACAGGGACUCUCAUUUUCUUUAGUAUUUCAUUAGUUUUCAUUAUCGCCUGUGUUGGACUUCAAUUUGUGCUGUGGAAGUCGCCAUUUGUGAAGUAUUAUUUCGCACAAAAUACAUCAAAAGAGAACAAGAGGUUCGAAUUAAACUGUAGAUUUCUAAAGAACUGCCAGUGCUUGAAGAGAAGAGACUCUGUUGACACUAUUCAACUAACACAGAUUGGAAAGAAACAGGAAGAAGAGGAGGAAGAUACAACUUCAAAAUAUGAAUUUAAGAAUCAAUUUAAGAAUCAUUUAAUCGAUGGUUUGGUGUUCAGGUACAGAAUACUAAAGAAAAUAUGGCAGCCAUUCAUUAGUGUGUUUCUAAUAUUCUUUGUAACACUCCUAGUGUUUCCAAGCAUAACAUCAGACGUACAGUAUUGUAAAAUUGGAGACUGGCCAAUUGUCAUUCACACAUCACUUUUUAAUUUUGCUGAUACUAUUGCAAGAGCUUUAUGUCUCUUACCUUAUCGAGUUAGUCCAAAGUCAUUGCUAAUAAUAUCAAUCCUGAGGUUCCUUCUGGUACCAUUACUAAUACUGUGUGUCACUCCUUCCCCUACCAAUCCCAUCUUCUCUCCUCCCUUUAAUCUGGUGGUGUCCAUUAUAACUGUUACGGUAUUAGCAGGCACUAAUGGCUACUUUGGUACACUUGGUAUGCAGUAUGCUCCUAGUAUAGUGUCCAAUAACGAGAAAGAACUGACAGGUGGGAUCAUGAUUCUUACAUUGCUAGGAGGAUUAUUUGUUGGAUCAGUAGUUGCUUUUAUUUGGAUACCUCUAAGGACACUGGAUACAUUUGUAGCCUGUGGCUCCACUAAUGAUACAGCAGUCUUUAAGUGUUUGUAACAUAAUUUAUAUUUAAAAUUGACCAGAAGUGUAUGAAUUUCAUUUUUAAAAAAAUAUUAUGAGCAA